AUUUAACCUGCUGGUAUGAUGCAACAUGUUGAAUGUCUUGUGAAAUGGGCAUUUUGUUUUAUUCCCACGAGUCUACGGUGCUGCACCUCACGAGAGGACCACUAGAGGGCGGCAUAGACCACAAGGUGGAUAUCCCCAACAGCCUGGCCAGGUGGUCCGACCUGGAGAAGGCCCGGUCACAUUUCUGGCAUUGGAAAGGCCGGUGGCCCGUGUGCUUCCUGUAGUGGCGCGUCAGCUCGUCGGAACGGGCGAACUUCCAGCCGCAGCCCUCCCAGUCGCAGUGGAAGCUGCUAAAAUUCAAUGCAAUGCACAAAGUCCGAAGAGGCCUUGAUGGAUCUGACACUAAUCAACACCACAGGCCAAAUUCAGUUGCCCUCCGUUCUCCCAGAAAGUCAAACCAUUCAAGAUUCAGGCUAUUUUUCUCUCCUGGACCAGGGUUUAAAUCUCAGAGGCUUGUUGGAUUCAUCAGAACCUCUACUACCUCUCUUGCCUCAUGGCCUUACCUCACCAUCGUCUCAGAUUUACACUGAUCCCAUCCUCAUAGCAGAGACUACGCACCCAUUCCGGGCUGAGUCACCCAUUCUUGAGAGAUUGAUGGCUUCAAGGGAUUCUCCCCCGAGCAGCAACCACCAUCGGACUGCCUAUGUAAGGUCGUUGUCGGAUAGCUCUGAGAGUGACACGGGUUUACAACCUACGUCGGAGCUGUAUAUAUUUGAAAGCGACACGCAGGAUUUCAUCCUGAGGUCUGAUGCUCAGAUUAAACCCUUAGGAUGGUCGUCACCCGCUGAGGAUAAAGAUGAUGAUCAUUGUGUUCCCUUGGGUGAUUCAGCCGAGAGCGUGACACAUAGUCAGGAGUGGCCUACGCUGGACUCUGAGUCAGACAUGAGAGGGCUUAAGCCACCUGCUGAGGUCAACAAUGUCACCCCACAAGGAUCGAGAAGCGUCAGUCCUGCAGAGCUGUGGUCGGAUGCAUGCCAGUAUUUUGCUGGCGAGGAUCCGGAUAAGACGGAUGUUUUGCCUUCUUCCUUCAGCCACUUAUCCCUGGAGGAGACACAGGUAUCAGGUUACGGCUUUCAUGACGCCAUUGGCUGGACCAGAGAUUGGGCGCCACCAGUAGAGAGGUGGUCCUCGGUGGAGAGCUGGGCCAGCGCUCUGUCAGACUGGAAUGUCAUCGUCGCUGCCCCAGCUGAGGAGCUCACUGCCGCCUUCUCUGAGAUCGGAGCUGAGAUAGACGCCCUGACCGAGGCUCUCGCGGACAUAAAUCCUUGCACUGAUACAGAAAAAGCAGACUUGGAUCAAUCCAAGAUGGGACUCCAAGAUCAGGCAGUGGAACAAACCACCCAAGAGGAAUCGGGGCAGGGAUGCGUCACGUUGCAACCACAGGCGGAAAAUGACGCCAUCCGAUCUGUUGGUGAUUCAACGGGUAACGAUCAAAGGGAAACAGAAGACAGCUCUUCACGCGACGACACUACAUUGACUUCCCUAUCAAAAGAUGUGGACCUUCCUGACUUUGCCCAGUUUUUUGAGGGAGGCUUUGACAGCCACAACGAAGAAAUCAUACUGAAGAUAGUGGAGGAUGCAGACGUGAUGGAACAACCUACACCUCCUGAGCUAACAAACAAAGAGCUGUCCGGACAUGGAGUGUUUAAGGUGACGGAGGACCAUAGUGUCCCCCGGGAUCAGGACGCCGACGCCAGUGGCGGUUCAGCUGAGGUUGACUGUAAUGGACUUGAGGCGUCAGCAGAUCCCACGUCGAUGAACCCCUGUGUGUCAGGUGUGCCGGGCCUGGAAUUUAACAUGCUCUCUGACACGCUAAUGGACCUUGACGGAGUGCGCCAGAUGGUGCCGCAGGGGGGGUGUCCAAAGUUUAUUGUGCCUGUAGCUCCUCUUGAGAUCAGCUCCACCCUUGAGUGUCGCAGAAGCAGCUUGGAAGGGGAUCAGACUAAAAGGACAUUUAAUGACACUCACCCACGAGCGUGGAGCCUUUGGACAGUUUGCGAUGAGACCACCAAAGGCGACGACGCGGCGAGAACUAGCGAAGAGAUGACUGCGCUCUGUAGAAAACUUUCAACUGCGACUGUUAUUUCGGAGAAGAACCGAGGUGCAAGCACUCUUCCGGACAAUUCCACUGAGACAAACUCAGCAAAAGCCACCAAUGGGCAAGUGAAUCAGAAAACAGGAGCAAAGAUGCCUCACAAAACUGUCAAGACCCCAUCGGAGAGCAAACCUCGCUCGAAGAAAUCAUCCGUUCACCAUCACAAUAGUUCUGCUCCUAAGAAACAAGAGAAUUUGCCUCAUCUUCCAACCCAAAUGGCCUCCAAACCAAAAGAAACAGGAGAAAAUCAGCCUGUCGCGCUAGCCGAGGAGAAAACAGCGAUCACCGGGAGCGCUGUCACAGAAAAGCCAAAGGCGCAUGGCAAGAAGAAAAAGAAACACAACCAUAACACAACAGCGGUGAAGACCGCAGCCGAGCCUCUGGUCGAAAUGGAGAACGGAGCAAAAGCCAAAAGCGCUAAAGGAAGGAUCGAAAUUUUUGAGGCUAAACUCAGCGGCAAACCCGCCAAAACCCACUGGGAGGCAUCGGACAGCGUUGGGAAAAAGCACCCGGACGCUUUUAAACAUGGAGAGCGCCAUCCAGAUCCAGAAAGGCAUCACACCAAAAACAGGCCGCUUAAUGAAGAUGUCAUCAAAAAGCGACGCCUGUCUGAGGAUAAGUUUUUAAGGUUUUUGGACACAAAGCCGACAAAGCCAGGCGCAUCCAUUCAGGCAAAGACCGUGGAGGCUGUGAAGGUGGAUGUUGGGGCGCCUCGUAAAAAGGCGCACAGUGAAGUGGUCAAACACAAAACAAGCACACCCAAAGAAGGGCCCAAUGUGGUGCAGACCAUCCAGGUGGCGUCUGUGAGCGGGGACCCUCAGAGUCUCAGUCUGUGGUGUCAGUUCUCAGCCGUCUCGACUGACCACGUUGUCAGCUGGAAGAGAGAGGGCGCUCUGCUGGCGGAGGUGAAGCGAAGUGCAGGGGACGAGAGUCGGGCAUGUGUCACCAUCUCCAAGGCCUCCCACAAAGACCUGGGCAAGUACGAGUGUUGUCUCAGCAGCUCGCAUGGCUCCAUCACACUGGACUACGUACUCACUUAUGAAGUGCUUUGUGAGAUUAUCAUCCCAGCGUCUCCAACAACCGUCUCAUCCGCCUCUGCUGGGACGGGUGCCGAGGAGGAAGACGCCCACUGUUCCAGGCUGAUGUUCAAAGAGGACUUCCUGUCCGAGCAGUACUUUGGGGAGAACCACCCCGUCAGCAUCGUCACAGAGAAGGCCCACUUCGGCGAAGGGAUGCACCGUCGGGCUUUUCGGACCAAGCUGCGCAGGAGCCAGGUGCCGCUCUUACUGUCGGGACACUCGUGCGUCCUCAAAGUGCACAAUGCCGUCAGUUAUGGGACCAAGAACAACGAAGAGCUCGUUCAGAGGAACUUCACCUUGGCUGUGGAGGAGUGUCAUGUUCAGAACACCGCCAGGGAGUACAUCAAGGAGUACAUGGCCGCCGCCGGGUCUCUGGAAGCCUUUGGCGAAGUCCCAGAGAUCAUUCCCAUCUACCUGGUUCACCGCCCAUCCAGCGACAUCCCGUACGCCACGCUGGAGGAGGAGCUGAUCGGCGACUUUGUCAAGUACUCGGUGAAGGACGGCAAGGAGAUCAACCUGAUGAGGCGCGAUUCAGAGGCGGGACGCAAGUGUUGUGCCUUCCAGCACUGGGUCUACCAAAGGACGGACGGAAACCUGCUGGUCACUGACAUGCAAGGAGUCGGCAUGAAGCUUACCGACGUGGGAAUAGCGACAUGUAAGAAAGGCUAUAAGGGCUUCAAAGGAAACUGCUCCACCUCCUUCAUUGACCAGUUUAAAGUGUUGCACCAGUGCAACUCCUACUGUGAGAUCCUGGGCCUCACGUCUUUGCAGCCUAAACCGGCUAAAAAGCCUUCUUGUGCUCCGAAAAGCAAACCUCAACCUCCAGGCGGAGCCAAAAAGAAAACAUUUGGGCCAACGCUGAAGGCAAAGUCCUAACAGCAGGCGGAGUGUUAAACUGUGAUGUCUUAGACUGACUUUUUUUUUUUUAACUUUUAGCGAUGUUUUCAAGCUGUUAAGUUCAUUAAAUUAAUGAACUUUGUUAAUUAACUUAUUGGAGGAAACAUCUCUGUUUGUGAAACAUACAAUGGAGGACAUUUUGUUGUUUGCUCAUUUAGUGUGGGUGCUUUACUUGUGCACAUCUAUUUCAAUACUCAUUUCAUGUCAAGGACAAGCUGCUAUGGAAAUGUGACGUCCCCGACCCCCCCAACACACGUUGCCAUGUCGAUAGUGUCUCUGCAUUGUUGACCCAUUUGUGUUGUUGUUAAAAGUUCAAGGACACUUUUGACAGAGGCCAAAUACAGAAGUGAUGUUAUACGAUGUUGUGCGUCUCAUUUUUGGCAGUCAAUUCACAGCGCAAGGAACUUAGAACUUCACGUAAAAAAAAGGCAAACAUAACUGUUCUUCAUUUUUGGGAAACGACAAAACUUGCGGGUUUUUUCUUUUAUUUCUUUUGACGAAAAACGGCAGCCCCACAAAUAUGACUUUUCUUCAAUUCGACUUUUCCUCCAUUCCAAAACAACAAACAUGACUUUUCUUUGUUUUGGGGAACAACAAAAAAAUAUAACUUUUUUUUUUUUUUUUUACUUGUAUUUUUUUUUGUGGAAGAAUAAAAA